GGCACGCCUGUGUGCAGCGCCUGGCUCCUUCCGGUUUGUGCUCGCAGGGACGCGGAGCGGAGCCGGCGGGAUGGCGGAGGGUGGUGCGGAGCGGGCCGAUGGCCGUAUCGUGAAAAUGGAGGUGGAUUACAGCGCGACGGUGGACCAGCGGCUGCCCGAGUGCGAGCGGCUGGCGCAGGAAGGAAGAUUGCAGGAAGUAAUUGAAAACCUUCUCUCCUUGGAAAAACAAACACGAACGGCAUCUGAUAUGGUCUCCACAUCCCGUAUCUUAGUUGCUAUAGUGAAAAUGUGUUACGAAGCUAAAGACUGGGAUGCUCUCAAUGAAAAUAUUAUUCUUCUAUCGAAGAGAAGAAGUCAGUUAAAACAGGCAGUUGCUAAAAUGGUCCAGCAGUGCUGCACUUACGUUGAAGAGAUUACAGACUUGCCAGUCAAACUGCGCUUAAUUGACACGUUGCGUAUGGUUACAGAAGGAAAAAUAUAUGUGGAAAUCGAACGUGCUCGCCUGACAAAGACACUUGCAACAAUAAAAGAACAGAAUGGUGAAGUGAAAGAGGCUGCCUCUAUCCUGCAGGAGCUGCAGGUGGAAACCUAUGGUUCAAUGGAAAAGAAAGAACGGGUAGAAUUUAUCCUGGAGCAGAUGAGACUUUGUCUAGCUGUAAAAGACUACAUUCGGACUCAGAUUAUCAGCAAAAAAAUUAAUACAAAAUUUUUUCAAGAAGAAAACACAGAAAAACUAAAGUUGAAAUACUACAACUUAAUGAUCCAGCUGGAUCAACAUGAAGGCUCCUACCUCUCCAUCUGUAAGCACUACAGAGCCAUUUAUGAUACUCCGUGUAUCCAGGCUGAAAGUGAAAAGUGGCAGCAGGCACUGAAGAGCGUUGUUCUUUAUGUUAUUCUUUCCCCAUAUGACAAUGAACAAUCUGAUUUGGUGCACAGAAUUAGUAGUGACAAAAAGCUAGAAGAAAUCCCCAAGUAUAAAGACCUCCUAAAACUAUUCACCACCAUGGAACUGAUGCGGUGGACUGCCCUGGUUGAAGAAUAUGGGAAAGAAUUGAGAGAAGGAUCCCUUGACAGUCCUGCCACAGAUGUCUUUGGCUGUACAGAGGAAGGUGAAAAGAGAUGGAAAGAUUUAAAGAACAGAGUUGUGGAACAUAAUAUUAGAAUAAUGGCUAAAUAUUAUACCAGAAUUACAAUGAAGAGAAUGGCACAGCUCCUGGAUCUGUCCGUUGAUGAAUCGGAGGAGUUCCUGUCCAACCUAGUAGUUAAUAAGACCAUCUUUGCUAAAGUAGACAGGCUGGCAGGAAUUAUCAAUUUUCAGAGGCCUAAGGACCCAAACAAUAUACUCAAUGACUGGUCUCACAAGCUCAACUCACUAAUGGCCCUAGUUAACAAAACCACACAUCUCAUUGCCAAAGAGGAGAUGAUACAUAACCUGCAGUAAGGUGCCUCAAUAAUCUCAGUGCUUUUAAAGAAGGCGCUAGAUCUUCAUAAUAGAGACUAUUAUUCCAGUGUGUCUAUGGUCUGUUUUCUCACUGUCAAGACUUCCUCGUCUAAAAUUUAGAACAUAAUUCUGAAACUCCUGUUGACAAUUAAGUUCCCUUGAUUAUUCAUUCAGUUGUUUAAUGGUUUUUUUUGCUACAAUUGGUGGAAGAACAUAAUAAAACUGUAUUGCCUGUGUAGUUGCAGUCUUGUCAUUUCUUGUUUUCCAUGUAUACCUUUAUCUGUCUAAUACAUGGUUCUGUGGUGGCCUGGGUUAACACAGCCUGCUCUCACAAGCCCCACUCUCUCCCCACACAGAUGGGAGGGAAAGUAACACAAAACCCACCUCUGGGUUGAGAUAAAGAGUUUUACUGGAAAUUAUCCAAUGCACAAUGACCUGAGCCUGCCUGCAGAAAAAUGCAGCAAAAUGCAGAAGCAGCAGCAGAAUCCAGCAACCUCCCCCCAACCUGUAGCCCCUGAGUGGAAAAGUCCAACACCCCAAAACUGGAAACCAGAAGCAGCAACUGCACCAGGAAUCCUCUCAUGUUCCAAUCUGAACUUCAAGCCCCUUCAUACUUUGCUCCAGCCAGCACUUUUCAUUUUGAAUCUGGGAUGAUGGCAGCAUGAGAUUGAGUAUCAGCAGCAGAUUCAACUCAACCCAUGGCACCAUGUAUACCUUUAUAUAACACAUAAUUCUGUGGUUAUUUCAUGACAGGACCAUUUUUGAGGCUGUGCUUGAGAGAGGAUAAACUAAAUAAUAAAAUCUUAAGAGAUUUACAGUAGGAUGCAUCGAGGUAACUUCCAACAAUAUUGUAAUGUUACAUCAAGAUACUGGUUGAAUAAAA